UGUGGUUGUUGGGUGCCCCCAGCAACCAGUCCUGGUGCAUUCCGUUUCCCAGUAGAUGAGCGGGGUCUAGUUUUAGACCAGUCAGUGGUCUCCAACCCUAGUCCAGGCUGUGCAGGAUUUUGUUCCAUCCCAGCAUAGUCGUAUAGGUUAGGGCUGUAACAAAAACCUGCACAUUAGCUCCAGGACCACAAUUGGAGACCACUGCCUGAGGGAGAUCUCUGUUCUGAGGGACCUAGGCUAGUUACAGGUGUCCAUGGACAUGCCUGUGCUCUUUCCCUUGCCCUGGGGGAGGCUGCAGUCAGAAGUUGCUCCUAGUCACAGAUCUAGGAAGCUGAUGCUUCCCUUUCGCAAAUCCUAACUCCAAGCUGACCACGUGUCUAGGGUCAACUUCCUCCCAGUCCUUGGGGCAGCCCGAGGAAGGAGGUCGAUAAGAGGGGUCUGGAUUGGAGCAGAGGGAGAGAGGUGUGGGUUCACAGGGGUGACCUGUGAACUUUCACCUCUCUGUGUAUUGGACACUUGUUUCAGGGUCAGUCCUUGUAGCUGUCCUUGUUGCCAUGGCCACAGUCAGGCCCCCCUCAUUUCCUGUCUGAUGCUGGGCCGGUGAUGAGGGGCUAGGUACGUACACCACACAGCGCCUUACUAUACAUCUUGUGUAACCGUGUGUGUGAGAGAGAAGAUGUGUGUGAGACAGAAAGAAAUGAGGUGUCAAGGCACAGCGCCCUCUUAUUUACCUACAUGUGGUAUAAUGUGUGAAGAAAUGUCUCUUGGCUGUAUCUUGAGUUUCACCACAGAAUUUAUUUAAUUUCAUCUUUAUUCUUAAUGUGUUUUGAAGUUUCUCUAGAAAUGUUCUCUCAAACACACGAUUUUCAAAAGCUGCCACCACAGUUAUUUCUAGUGUUUCACAUAGGGGUAGAGGUUACUACAGACAGAGUAACACACACACGCACACACUCACUGUUAUCCAGAGGCAUGUGAGUUGUCCUGAAGGUAGUCUCUAACUCAAGUCUGACUGUGACAGUGGUGUGGCUGGAUGAGGUGGUUGAGAUGUUUUCAAGGUAGAAACUAAUUAUCUGCUUUCGCCUCUUCCUCUCCCUCUUCACUCUCUCCCUCCUCACUCCAUGGUUCUCUCUUCUGUUAUUCUCUUCUCUUUCCCCCUCCUCUCCUGCCACUCUCUCUCUCUCUCUGUAGGACCAGUUCUUGCGAGCAGCCCCGGUGUCGGGAGGAGUAGGGGAGUUUCUCAUGAGGAAGAUGGGAUGGCGGACGGGGGAGGGGCUAGGGCGACACCGCGAGGGCACUGUCGAGCCAAUCAUAAUCGACUUCAAGACCGACCGCAAAGGUCUGGUGGCUGAGGGAGAGAAGACUCAGAAGUCAGGCGGUAUGGUUGUGAUGAAGGAUCUACUGGGUAAGCACCCAGUGUCUGCUCUGAUGGAGAUGUGUAACAAGAAGAAGUGGAUUCCUCCAGAGUUUGUUAUGGUGACCCACAGUGGCCCAGACCACCGCAAGAACUUCCUUUUCAAGGUGGUGGUAAAUGGUCAAGACUUCCAGCCUGCGUCAGCCAGUCCCAAUAAGAAGCAUGCCAAAGCCAUGGCUGCUACGGUGGCUCUGCAGGCCAUGGGAGAGGUGGCAGGGGACACAGGGCUUUAUACAGGGCCUGUGUUCACCACUGCUACCACUGGCCCACUGUUCUCCUCCAACGUCUAACACACACAGUGAAACACACUCAGACUGAGAUACAGCGCUCGCACACUUGAGUCGCAGACCCUUCUGGCUGAAAAGGACAUAAAGAAUUUGAAGUCACCCGCCAGGGAAAGAUGGAAUGUCCGUUCUAUCAAGUCUUAUAAUGUUUUGGGCCUACACACCACAAGCAUUCAGAAGAGCCGUAUCUGCUGCCUAAUGGUCAACACUAGGAGAUGGUGUUACUCUAAGCAAAAGAAACUUACUGAUAUUUUAAAACGGUUCCGUAACGCCGUUUCUUUUUAAUCGUACUUUGAAUGUUUAUCUUAUGUGUUGAAGCUCAAAUGAUGUUUUCAAGAAGCAGUUCAUAGUGUUAAUGCAUUUGGGAGAAUUUGAAAAACCCCGCUAUUCUCCUCGUGACCAAAUUGUCAAUAUCAAAUGUUACCCAUUUGGAACAUUCAUUUUCAAAGUGAUUCACACUUGAUAGUUCUGUCUCAUUUUGAGCUUUCUCAGUCCGCUUUUGUUGGUAGCGUUAUUUACAACGUCUGUAUAAAAACAAUUGUAAAGUGUUAGCUGAAAGCGAUGUGGGUAACCGUUAUGGUCUGGAAUACCAAAAUAAAAAUGUUUUUAUCUGAUUAAUUAAAUGAUACAAUCCUUUCA